GCGCAUGCGCGAACUCCUGGCGGGACCUAGGCGACAGAAGUUUAUACUAAGUGAAAACAGCGAGGGAUUGUUUUCUUCAUGGUCUACAGUAGCGGCACUAUUAUUAAAAAUAUUUGGAGAAGCAACCUGGCAAAUUUUGGAAAAGAUUUUUAAAAAUGGGUAGAGUUCUGCUCACACCAGGAGGCGGGGCUCAAGGACCCAGAAACGCCUCUUCAGAAGAAGGCGCGCUCCCUGGGAGGCGGGGUCUCGGCCCCACUCGGAUGACGUGCGCGUAGAAGUAUCGCGGGAAGACGAAGGGAGCGUAUUCUUAGAAGUCACUAUGGUGACGGGGAGAUCCGGAGGCUUCUUGGUAACUGGUACCAACUAUUUGUGAGCAAUCGCCACCGCUUUCCUGGAACUUAAGAAAAUACAAUCAAGUGGCAUCUGAAAUUUUUGCUAGAAGUGGAGUCAUGAGACUGAAGAUAUCUCUUUUAAAAGAACCAAAGCAUCAAGAAUUAGUAAGCUGUGUGGGCUGGACUACUGCUGAAGAGCUGUAUUCAUGUAGUGAUGACCACCAGAUAGUGAAGUGGAACUUGUUAACUAGUGAAACAACUCAAAUAGUAAAGCUUCCUGAUGAUAUUUACCCUAUAGAUUUUCACUGGUUUCCAAAAAGUUUGAGUGCAAAGAAACAAACCCAGGCAGAAAGCUUUGUCCUCACAAGUUCUGAUGGUAAAUUUCAUCUGAUUUCCAAGUUAGGAAGAGUGGAAAAAAGUGUAGAAGCUCACUGUGGAGCAGUACUUGCAGGAAGAUGGAAUUACGAAGGAACAGCAUUAGUUACAGUUGGAGAAGAUGGACAAAUAAAAAUUUGGUCAAAGACUGGGAUGCUUAGAUCAACUUUAGCUCAGCAAGGAACACCAGUGUAUUCAGUAGCAUGGGGCCCUGAUUCAGAAAAGGUUCUUUUUACAGCAGGCAAGCAACUAAUCAUUAAACCUCUUCAACCAAAUGCUAAAGUUUUACAGUGGAAAGCUCAUGAUGGCAUUAUUUUAAAAGUAGAUUGGAACUCAGUCAAUGAUCUUAUUUUAUCUGCUGGUGAAGACUGUAAAUAUAAGGUAUGGGAUAGUUAUGGCCGCCUGCUGUACAAUUCACAACCUCAUGAGCAUCCUAUUACUUCAGUUGCCUGGGCUCCAGAUGGAGAAUUAUUUGCUGUUGGAUCAUUUCAUACUUUACGCUUGUGUGAUAAAACUGGGUGGUCAUACGCAUUAGAAAAACCCAACACUGGCAGCAUAUUUAAUAUCGCAUGGUCUAUUGAUGGCACUCAGAUUGCUGGAGCCUGUGGAAAUGGACAUGUUGUUUUUGCACAUGUGGUGGAACAACAUUGGGAGUGGAAAAAUUUUCAAGUAACAUUAACUAAAAGAAGGACCAUGCAGGUUCGUAACGUUCUUAAUGAUGCAGUGGAUUUACUGGAAUUCCGUGAUAGAGUCAUUAAAGCAUCUUUGAACUAUGCACAUUUAGUGGUUUCAACAUCUCUUCAAUGUUAUGUGUUCUCCACAAAGAACUGGAAUACACCAAUUAUAUUUGAUCUCAAAGAAGGAACUGUUAGUUUAAUUCUACAGGCAGAAAGACAUUUUCUUCUUGUAGAUGGUAGUAGUAUCUAUUUAUAUUCAUAUGAAGGGCGCUUUAUUUCAUCUCCAAAAUUUCCUGGGAUGAGAACAGAUAUUCUGAAUGCACAGACUGUAUCUUUGAGUAAUGAUACCAUAGCAAUAAGAGACAAAGCUGAUGAAAAAAUAAUCUUCCUCUUUGAGGCGUCAACUGGAAAACCAUUAGGUGAUGGGAAGUUUCUUUCUCAUAAGAUGGAAAUCUUGGAAAUUGCUCUGGAUCAAAAAGGACUUACCAAUGAUAGAAAAAUUGCUUUCAUUGAUAAAAAUAGAGAUCUCUGUAUCACUUCUGUGAAACGAUUUGGGAAGGAAGAACAAAUUAUCAAACUUGGAACAAUGGUGCAUACCUUGGCAUGGAAUGAUACAUGCAAUAUCCUUUGUGGACUUCAAGAUACUCGAUUUAUAGUGUGGUAUUACCCCAAUACAGUUUAUGUGGACAGAGACAUUUUGCCUAAAACAUUAUAUGAAAGGGAUGCAAGUGAAUUUAGUAAAAAUCCCCAUAUUAUGAGUUUUGUUGGAAAUCAAGUAACUAUUAGAAGAGCUGAUGGCUCCCUGGUUCACAUCAGCAUAUCACCAUAUCCUGCUAUUCUCCAUGAAUAUGUAAGCAGUUCAAAAUGGGAAGAUGCUGUAAGACUUUGUCGCUUUGUUAAGGAGCAAACCAUGUGGGCUUGUCUAGCUGCUAUGGCAGUUGCUAAUCGAGAUAUGACUACUGCAGAAAUAGGCUAUGCAGCAAUUGGUGAAAUUGAUAAGGUUCAGUACAUCAAUUCUAUAAAAAAUCUUCCAUCUAAAGAAUCAAAAAUGGCCCACAUACUACUGUUUAGUGGGAACAUACAGGAGGCUGAAAUAGUACUUCUUCAGGCUGGCCUUGUUUAUCAAGCAAUCCAGAUCAAUAUUAAUCUCUACAACUGGGAAAGGGCACUGGAAUUGGCUGUAAAAUACAAAACACAUGUUGAUACGGUUCUUGCUUACCGUCAAAAGUUUUUGGAGACAUUUGGUAAACAGGAAACUAAUAAACGAUUCUUGCAUUAUGCAGAAGGCCUCCAAAUAGAUUGGGAGAAAAUCAAAGCCAAGAUCAAGAUGGAAAUUACGAAAGAACAAGAGCAAUCAUCAAACAGCCAAUCCAGCAAGAAUAUGGGCCUAAAACUCUAAAUGCCAUGCUUAUCUUUAAGAAGUUUUAUCUUUUGAAACAAAUUCUGAUUAAUCAAGAAUAAGCAUGUUUUGGUUCCUAAAGAAAAAAAAGCAUAAUUUAUAAAUAAGUACUUGCUGUGUAUUUAAUGUAAAAGUAUAUUCAGAAAGGUGAAACACAAAAUAAUUGAUGUACUUCUUUUAUAUUUUUAGUCCAAUAAUUAGCAAAGUAUUACUAUAUACCUAAGAUAUACCUGUGUAAUGUUGAUUAUAUUUCAGUUUUUUGCCUAUUACUUCGUCCCUGAAUCUUUAGCAUGAACAUAUAUUAAUGUUGAUAAUAAAACAUUGCACUUUUUGAAA